AUGUCUGAAUUAUCUAAUCAAACUCAAUCUAAAGUAGAAUUACUUCCUAAAAAGCUCUCCGAACUUCAUCCGGACAUCAGCAACGCUUUGGUCGUAGCCUUAGUUCUUAAUAAAACCGAGCCAAAUAUCUUCCCGGCUAAAAAUGACACACAAUACCGUGGUGUUAUGAACUUUACUAUUUGCGACAGCCAACAACACAUUAUUAACUGCAAAGUUUGGGAUCGGCAGGAAAAAAUCUUACAUUAUUAUGAAAAUGUUAAACUAGGUGAUAUUGUGGAUGUAAUAUGUCCAAAGAUUACUCUAUAUCAAGAAAAAAAUGAUGUCAAGCAAGCAUCGUAUCAACCGAUAGCGACCUUGCCUAUUACUUUAAUAUUAACUGAAAGUGAAGGAUUUCUCGAAAAACAUAGCUACCAUGAUAUAAAUAGAUACUCUAAAAUGCGACAAUUAUGGCGUCUUCCCCAUAAGCCAUUACAUGGUGUAUUAAAUCUGGCUGAUAUAAACACCAGUAAUAACAAUAUAAAGACCCAAUCUUAUUUUUUCGAUUUCUUAGUAAUAGUAGGUUCGUUGAAGCCAUUACGUGAAUUUAAAACGCCACGGGACAAUAAGCUUAAACGUUGCCUGGAGAUAGUAGUAUUUGAUAAAAGUUCUCCGGGCGGUAUGUUAUUGACCAUUUGGCAACAAGACUGGAUAGAAAGAGCUUUAGAGUUUUGGAAACCUUUGAACACAAUUUUACACUUAAUCGAUUUCAAAGUUUCUUAUUCCGACUUUUAUAAAAGUUGCACAUUGAGCUUAGCAAGUCGUAGUUUAAUUUAUGAAAAUCCCUAUGGACAAGAAACUCAAGCGUUGACACAAUUUGUGAGCACAAUAUCAAAAACGGACUUUGAGACGUUUAAUCAAAUAAAAGUUGAGACUUUGCCCAAACCUGAAGACGUUUGUACCAUAAUGACCGUAAGGCAAAUAUAUGAUCGAAUUCAAGGAUCUUUACUUGAUGAUAAGCAACAGUUUACCGCCGUGCUUUACGCCAUGAUAACUAAAUUUAAUUUGGAUCUUCCGAACUUUGUAAUAAGCAAAAGAUGCAAAGCGUGUCGCCGCUUUAUGCCAAAGGAAAAAACCGCGUGCGACUCAGAGAAGUGUCUUCUAGGAUUUUCCUUUGAUUAUUCUGGGGAUAACUAUGAAACAUUUUUUAAUAUCAAUCUGCGUUUGAGCGAUCACACCGGGACUUUAAUAGAGGCUGCCUUAAGUGAUACCAUCGCUUCUCAACUUCUGGGGCUCAACACUUCUGAAUUUCUGCAACUAAAGGAUGAUCAAUUGGACAAACUGAAAUGGUCAUUUCUUAUGGAUUAUUUUGAAGUUAAAGUUGUUAUAAGAAAACCAAGUAUCUUUCGAAAAAAGUUGAUGAUUCUUGUGUUAGGUAUGAGAACUAUUGAGUUAGAUGAGUUAUCAAAAAUUAUUACGGUAUAUUGA